AUGUAUGAGCCUAGGUCAUAUCCAGGAAAUAUUUUAUACAACGGCUGUGCUUAUAUAAUUUUCGGUUAUUCUAAUGUGUACACUGAUGUUACUAGUAUUAUGAGGCUUAAUUUAAGUGACCCUGAGUUUAAAUGGGAAAAUAUGAGCAUUUCUUUUGAGGAAAGCAAUAAAGAUAUCGUCCCUAGAGAUGCUUUUGCAUUUGCAAUGGGAAGUUCAAAAUUCUAUAUAUUUAGUGGAUAUAUCAGUCUUUAUGGAAUUUUAGAUAACAGUUUAAUAGAAUUUGAUUUAACGCAGACUCCUCUUACUUAUAAAAUUUUAAGUGAGGCUUAUACAAAUCCAGACGCCAGAGAAAGCCAUAGCUUAUGUGUAUUAGGAGGAUUGUUUUAUUUAUUUGGAGGAACAGAUGGGACGAAUUAUCUGAAUGACUUGUGAGUUUAUAACCCUGAAGGGAAAUCCUGGGAAUCUAUAAAUUCAGAAGGGGCCACUCCAACAAGUAGGAGUGGGCAUGCUGCAGACUCUGAAGGAAAUAUAAUGGUCAUAUUUGGCGGCGAAGGCACAACUGGCUAUUUAGGCGAUAUGUACCAAUAUAACACGAUUUCAAAUGCCUGGACAUUGAUAUCUCCAUCAUCAAACACAAUGCCAAAUGCACGCACUGGGGCAUGUUUAAAAAUGCAUAUGCCUUAUAUUCCAGUUUAUAAAGAAUUUUCAGAAUUAUUUUGUUAAUAUAAACUAUUUAAUAUCUUUUUAAUAAGCUAUAUCUUUAUAUAUGGAGGGCUAGCUAAUUCAGGGCUUUCUUCAGAACUCUGGGUUUUCGAUGUAGGGACAAAUGAAUAUACCCUUGUUUAUGAUGGAACUAACAGCAGUCCAACUAAAGCGUCUAGGCCAUCAUGUGACAUCAAGAUUGACGACUACGGAAAUAUCAAUUUUAUUACUAUGUAUGGGGUUGGGAGCGGAGAAACACCAUUGGGUGAUGUAGAUUCUUUCAAUUUUACUACACAAAAAUGGACAAAACUGUAUACUACAAACGGAGGAACACCAGACUCAAACCGCUCUAAAGCUAUAAUUAAGCUGCUCGAUAAUUCCUUACUUGUUAUGUGUGGAGAGGCUUGGGGAAUUAAUGUUUAUAAUGAAUUUUAUAUAUAUUUUACUAUAAUAAAUGAAGCAUUAUGAAGCUAAUGCUUUACUAUGAAAAUCAAAAAUUUUCUAUAUAAAAAAAAUGAUAAAGUCUAAAAAAGGCGUAUACUUGAUCUUACCACACAAAACAUAACGAGAAUUGGGUAUCUCAAUAAUUAUUACUUUUAUGAUGGUGCAUACGUUUACUAUGCAAAAAACAUUUAUUCACAUGGAGGAGGAACUGUUUAUGGCAGAACAAUGAGACCAAUGAUAGUAACUCCUGUUUUUGCCAAUAUAACCCUUGAUAACUCUGAUAUAUCCCCUUCCCCAUAUCUUUGUAGUCCUGGAACUUAUACUUCAGGCAAUACCUGCAUAAAAUGCUCCAAAGGGUAUUAUGCAGAUAAAUAUGGAAGCUCUGAAUGCACGCCCUGCCCACUAGGCACUUUUAACCCUUCAUCUGGCUCAAGCUCUUUAAGACAAUGCUAUCCGUGUGACGAAGGCUCAUAUGGCGACAAAGAAGGAGCUUCUUAUUGCAAAAAUUGCCCAUAUGGGACCAUUUGUGUUGUUGGGACCCAAGCUCCUAUUUAUGAUGUAAUUGAACUUAAAUCAAAAUCAACUCAGCCAAAAAUGUAUUCAAAUGCAGAUGGAGACUCACAAAGCGCCGUUGUUAUUAUGGUUAUUGCAGUGCUUGUAGUUUCGUUGGUUGGUCUCACUAUUUUUAUUAUAAUUAAGCCUGAAAAACUAUAUAUAUAAAAUGGCGUACGGCAACCCCGUCCUCCCAGUGACGGUACCCGUGUUUAUCCGGGUAUGGGUUUUUAGAGGAAGCGGACGGCCCAGAAACAUCUGGAUCCCAGUAGCGAUGGGCAUAAGCACGGACCUGCUGGUCGUGACAAGAUCCUUGGGCAUUCUUCUGCAGCUCCUUUUUUUUCCAGCAGCACCCAAGCCAGUGGGCACCCGAGAUGGAGCAGGGUGAAAACCUGGUCAAGCUUCUAUUAAGGUCUGCCCCGAAUUGCGGAAGCGAUUGAGUUUUUCCUAGGGAUGACCUGGGGAGAGAGGAGGCAGGCUAGACAACAAUACAGCGGUCUCUCCAGUUGAAAAGGGUCCCGUAAGGGGCAAUCUGGCUAGGAGUACGAGGCAGGAGUGGCGUAAUGAGGGCAAAGGGACUGAGUUGAAAAAUAGGUGUGCUCGGCGACGGUCUUCAGAACCAACAGGGCAACCACUACCGAGAAACCAGAGGUUUCGGCCUGGCUCAGAGGUACCAGAGGUGGAAGUCCACCUAAUUUGCUUGGCUUGACGGCUGCGCAGGAUGUCACUCGUGGAAGUAGGGACUUUAAAUACCAUUCAUUAACUAUACAAGUUGCCCGAUGAUGGCGCUCAAUGCGCCAUCAUCUGGCAACUAAAGUUCAGGGUCCACACUGGAAAUGGGUUCCACGUGUGGAGCCCUUUUUGGCACGUGAAAAGUGAGGAUUCUCCACGUGUCAAAAAGGGCUCCACACGUGGAGCCUAUUUCCAGUGCGGACCCUUAAAACGCGUUGCCCGAUGACGGCACAUUGAGCGCAUCAUCCGGAAUUUCCUAUAACUAACCAAGCCUGAAAAACUGAAAUUAAGAAAUAUUGAUUUAUAUUCGGGGAAUCACAAUUAUAAAAAAGACAGUGUGAUGAAGCUUAAAAAAACAGACUGUGGAGGGAUUUUUACAAUAAUUUUUUUAGUUGUUGCAAUUAUAAUUAUUUUGUCAUAUGCUAUUAAUUACCAGUUGAAUAAUAUUCAAGAGACUAAAACUUUGGUGCCUUUAGUUGCUUUGGAAGAUGAAGCUAGCACGUUUCCAGCUCUAAUUAAUGUAUCAACGACACUAUUUAACUAUGGAGGACAUUGUAAAACUGGCAACUCUUGCCAUGAAUCUAUAUCAUUCACAACUACUUCUAUCACUUAUGACUCUCUUGAAUUAUCAUGCUAUAUAAACAACGGCAAUAAUUGCACCAUAGCAUUAGUAUGCAAAAAAUGUGUUAUUGAUGCCGGCGCUGUUGUCCAAUUAAAUCUAUUAGAAGCUUCAAGCUACACAUCUGCAAUAAUAUCCAAUGUCUCAUCAUUUUCAUCAAUCCCAGACAAAAUUAGUGGGAUUUAUCAAGUCUUGCUUCCGGAAGCCGGCCAAGUUUUCAGGGGCUAUAACCCAAAUAAAUUUUAUUUGACUAUGACGCCUUCUUUAUUCCGCUCUUAUGUAUCGACUUGGCCUGAUAAGCUAACCGGAUAUCAUGUUUCUAUGGACCAGCCGUCUUCAGGAGGUUCACAAUAUACUAUUACAGAGUAAUUUUUAUAUAGUUUACCAUUUAGCUCUGAUUUAAGAAUACAAAUAUGACUAGUUAAAAAUGAUAAUAGCUUAUAUACAACUCGGUCUACCAAGCAGACUGUAUUUUUACUUAUUAGUACAAUGCUGGGCUCUGUAUUCGGAGCUAUGAGUGCUAUUGGAGGAGCUAUGAGAAUAUUUGAAAAAAGCUGAAUAAGCAUAAAGAAAAAUCAUCAAAGGCAAUCCAUAAUUAAAGAGAUUUAUAAGCGCACUAUAUAUCUUAAUGAUAAGGAUUCUGUAGGCACAGAGGAUUCUAGCAAAGAUCUUGUUAUCACCUAA